GACAGUAGUGUGAGCUCUGAGAGGUCGACCGAUCGAGGCCGGGGAAUAUGGCACUAUGACGACAGAGUAAAUAUCAUCUGAUACCCAUGCCGUGUACUUCAACACUUUCUCUCUAUAUGUCUCUAUGGCAGCUCUAUGUAGUGGUGGUUUAUGUCGUUGCAUCUUCUUGGGGAUCUUCCUCUUGUGGCUUCUUGAGCUCUCUGUACGACUUCUGUGCUGUCGUCGUUGUGAUGUGGCAAGUCAGUAUAAUUAGGUUUGGUGGUGUUUUGCAAUACCGUGUAUCUAUUUUCACCACUUUCCUCUCUUUACCUACUUCUAUGUAGUACUUGUUUGUCUUUGUGUGUUUGGUGGACAAUAUUUGUCACUGUGAGUGUGCAAGAGUAACAUGGUGUCUUUAUUGGUGCAUAUUUGUGCAUUCUUCACUGUACGUGGCAACUCUGUUUGUAUGUCUGUUUAUGAACUGUUUAUGAGUGUGUGCUGUCCUGUCUACCACUCUGUGUGUGUUUUUAUGUCUGUCUAUAAUAUGUAUGAGUGUGUUUGAGUAAAAGUGAAGAAUGUAUCAAUAUCUGACAUUGACUGGUCCUUUUAGGGUAAGAUAUCUUUAUUUAUUUUAAGAACCCCACUCACUGCAGUGUACACAUCUUUCCAUCCACUCACCUUGAAUCACAUAAUAUAUUUCCUUCCGAAUGGACGUAAUCCAUUAAAUCCAGUAGAGGCCUGUGUAUGCACACACCCUCUGGAAACAAAUGUAGCUUUUAGAAGGAAAAUAAAUGGCCUUGGGAGGGCAGACAGAUUUUAUGUACUGCAUGUGUAUAUUCUACACAUGCACACACACAGCCUCACCCAUACAUAUUACAGAGCACUGGGAUAGCACGGUGUGCUCCUGUCCUCUAUAGAGAGAAGCAAGCAGAUAAACAGAGCCAUAUGAUACAGUAUUAGAUUCCUCCUCAGGUAUGAGAUUAAAGGCUUUAAUUUAUUCUGUGUUAACACAGGGACGUGUCCUCUCUCUGAUCUCUUCCACUGGCCGUGUCAAUGGAGGAAUGCUUGUGAUACAUGUAUGUCACGCCAUACUACAGCAUACCCUGAUUACACAGCAUCACAUCAAUAUGACACAAGAGGGACAGAUACACACACUGAUAUGAGUAAAGGCAGGGAAGGAAUGGGGAGAAGGAGGGAGGGAAGAGAGAGAUGAACACGCACCAGACGGAGGGUGUGAGAGAAUGAGACGGGUGCCGGCCAUGCAAGGGAAGAAGAGGGGAUCUGGAGAGGGAGAAAGAGAGAGAUUGCAAGAAGGAUAAUGAGAUAAAGAGAGAGAGGGCCGGGGGCACGUGAGUGAGGGGAAGGGGCCAUGCUUGGCUUGAGGAUCUGAUUACUGGGUGAAAUUGACGCACUGACUGCACAUGACGGUUACUAAUGAACAGACAUGGCUGGGAUGCAUUGCUUUAAACUGACCACAUAUUACAGACAGAGAGAGAGGGAGGUCAUGAGAAGCUUGUGCAGCGAGUCAGCAGAAGCUGACAUAAAAUGUGAUUUCAAAGAUGUUCUGCAGUCAUUUCCAUUUCUAGGAAGAUAUGAAAACAUAGGAUAGGACAUACACACACACACACACAAGCACAAUCACGAACGUUGAUCGACCCCCUCUACCCCCCCUCUCAGACAAUCACGUUAAGAAACACACAUUGAAGAUCAUAGAUGCACUUAUCAAUCCAUUUCAGAGACUGAUGGAGACUGGGGGGGAAUCGGCGGCUGGAGACGUUAUUCUCAGUAUUCUGCUCAUAUAUGGCCCACUAUAUCCAACGUGUCAACAAACAGCUGUGAAAUCCUAUAACAAAAUGGCUGAAGGCCGCAGAAUGAAAAUAGGAGCAUAAACAUGCUGAACACUCCCUGACAAGUCGGCACGGGAACUCAGAGCUGCAGCAUGAGGCUUCGCAUGUGAAAACAUCCUACAAGUAGUAUAAUAUUGGUUUCUUACAGGGGAACAUUGACUCCGUGGCAUCAGUCUUCCAAAUGUCCUCCGUCAACUCACAGAAAAGAGGGUGGGGUCUAAGAUGAGAAGGCAACUGAGACAGACAAGGUGAAAAAUAAAUAGAUCAUAUUACCUCUCAGGCUCCCCCUUAGUUACUGUAGGUCAGAAUGAGAUAAUAGAAACAUAUUACAGGGAUCCCUACAAAGGUGGAACUGGUUCUGUUCAUGUGUAUCAGAUGUGAAUCCAAUAUAUAUGUAUACUUCCUGUUUGACAUGAAUCAGAGAUAUUUUUCAGCACUCGUGUGCGUCAUGCAAAGAUUUUGUAUGAGGGAGAGAAAUGACAUCUCGGUAAUAACAGCUUAUCUAACACAUUGCCUGAGACUGAAUACAAAUACACACACCGCAUAGUGUUAGCAUUAGGCUGGCGAGACCUCAGCCUGGAUACAUCAGCCAUACAUCACUGAGGAAGAGAUGGAGAGAGGGAGUGGGAGAAAGGAGCAGCUUACACCCCUUCCCACUGCAGGAGAUCAAAUGAGAGAGGGAGAGACCCUGGGAGAAAGAGUGAGAGAAGGAGAGAGAGAGAAAGAUGGAGGAAAUGAGAGAGGAAGAAAAAUAUGGAGUUAAGACCAGAGAGAGAGAGAGAGGAGAGAGAGAGAGAGAGAUGUGUAUAUAUAUAGAGAUGUGUGUAUAUAUAGAGAGAGGUGUAUAUAUAUAGAGAGAGGUGUAAAUAUAGAGAGAGGUGUGUAUAUAUAUAGAGAGAGGUGUAUAUAUAUAUAGAGAGGUGUAUAUAUAUAUAGAGAGAGGUGUAUAUAUAUAGAGAGAGGUAUAGAGGGGGAGUAGUAUAGAGGUAGAAAGAGAGAGAGAGGGGGGAGUGGUAUAGAGGUAGAAAGAGAGAGAUAGAGGGGGUAGGCAAAAGGUACAUUUAGGCCCUUGGGGAAUAUUGAUUGGAAAGAGAAGCAGAGAGCAGAGGAAAAUAUAUUCUUUGUGGGAAGCAAAUAUAAGAGUUCUAGGCCUAUCUGAUCAAAUCUGAGGGACAUUAGUUUGUGAGAAUACACCAUACAAAAAGGAAAUGGGAGAAGAUAAAUCCGCAGGUCUGUCGAGUCUAAAUUGUACAAGACAUCCCGUACUGUAAGAAAAAGGUCAUACUGUAUCAGUUUAAUAUAGCAAUCUCACAUGAGAAUACACCUCCUACAGAAUAUGUAUCAUUGCAUAUGACUAGUGUGUGGGUGGAGGUGAGUAGGCAUACUGUAUGGAAUCAUUAUAAAAUCUGUCCUCAAGGCAGAGACUGCAUGCUGGACUACAGUACUAGGCAGCCAUGUUACAAUCUCCCUUUCAGUCUGAUCAUGGUGGCAGAAGUGAACACUGCUUUCACAGAGACCUCAGAAGUCAGUCAGCAUGCAGGGAUGGAGCCAGUGUGUGCUCUGCUAUGGAUAGCUGCCAAACUCCUAGUGAGGGGGAGGCUCACCAGUUUGUACUGUCAGACAUUUUUUGACUAUCAGACAGUGGAAUAGUGAGUAGUUUUGAAGAGUAUGCUGAUGUUGAAGAAUGACAACCAGACUAUAAUAGACAUUUCAGUGGGAUCUAUUCUAACUGAAAAAACCUCUCUCUCUCUCUCUCUCUCUCUCUCUCUCUCUCUCUCUCUCUCUCUCUCUCUCUCUGUCUCUGUCUCUGUCUCUGUCUCUCUCUCUCUCUGUCUGUCUGUCUGUCUGUCUGUCUGUGUCUCUAUCUCUGUCUUUGUCUCUAUCUCUGUCUGUGCUCUCCUUCCCUCCAGGCGGAUGCUGUCACAAGUUUCCUCCGUGCGGCCCGUUCAGGGAACCUGGACAAAGCUCUUGACCACAUCAAGAAUGGAAUAGACAUCAACACAUCUAAUCAGGUAUAUCAGAGAUUCCUCACACUGCCCAAGGUCACAGUCUGGUACACUGCCUCUGGACCAGAGAAUUUGUGUCUCGUAAAACAUUUAUUACAUCAGACUUUAUUAAGAUGUAAUUAAAGAUGUGGUUUUUAUAGAUUACAUUAUUUGACUUCGGCCAAUCAGAUCUAUUAACAGUCAAGUCUAACCUAUAUAAACUGUAGUUUCAAGGAUCAAAUCAAAUUGUAUUUGUCACAUGUGCCGAAUACAACAGGUGAACAACCUUACCGUGAAAUGCUUACUUACAAGCCCUUAACCAACAAUGCAGUUCAAGAAACAGAGUUAAGAAAAUAUUUACUAAAUAAACUAAAGUAAAAACUACAAUUAAAAGUAACACAAUAAAAUAACAAUAAUGAGGCUAUAUAGAGGGGGUACCGGUACCGAGUCAAUAUGUGGGCGUACAGGUUAGUCGAGGUAAUUUGUACAUGUAGGUAUGGGUAAAGUGACUAUGCAUAGACAAUAAAAAGCAAAUAGCAACAGUGUAAAAACAAAGUGGGGGGGUCAAUGUAAACAGUCCGGGUGGCCAUUUGAUUAAUUGUUCAGCAGUCUUAUGGCUUGGGGGUAGAAGCUGUUAAGGAGCCUUUUGGACCUAGACUUGGCGCUCCGGUACCGCUUGCCGUGCGGUAGCAGAGAGAACAGUCUAUGACUUGGGUGACUGGAGUUUUUGACAAUUUUUUCAAUUUCUUCCUCUGACACUGCCAAGUUUACAUACACUUUAGCCAAAUUCAUUUAAACUCAGUUUUUCACAAUUCCUGACAUUUAAUCCUAGUAAACACUCCCUGUCUUAGGUCAGUUAGGAUAACCACUUUAUUUUAACAAUGUGAAAUGUCAGAAUAAUAGUAGAGAGAGAUUUAUUUCAGCUUUUAUUUCUUUCAUCACAUUCCCAGUGGGUCAGAAGUUUACAAACACUCAAUUAGUAUAUGGUAGCAUUGCCUUUAAAUUGUUUAACUUGGGUCAAACGUUUCGGGUAGCCUUCCACAAGCUUCCCACAUAAAGUUGGGCGAGUUUUGGCCCAUUCCUCCUGACAGAGCUGUUGUAACUGAGUCAGGAUUGCAGGCCUCCUUGCUCGCACACGCUUUUUCAGUUCUGCCCACACAUUUUCUAUAGGAUUGAGGUCAGGGCUUUGUGAUGGCCACUCCAAUACCUUGACUUUGUUGUCCUUAAGCCAUUUUGCCACAACUUGGCAAAAUGUGUCCAUUUGGAAGACACAUUUGCGACCAAGCUUUAACUUCCUGACUGAUGUCUUGAUAUGUUGCUUCAAUAUAUCCACCUAAUUUUCCUUCCUCAUGAUACCAUCUAUUUUGUGAAGUGCACCAGUCCCUCCUGCAGCAAAGCACCCCCACAGCAUGAUGCUGCCACUCCCGUGCUUCACGGUUGGGAUGGUGUUCUUCGGCUUGCAAGCUGCCCCCUUUUUCCUCCAAACAUAACGAUGGUCAUUAAGGCCAAACAGUUCUAUUUUUGUUUCAUCAGACCAGGGGACAUUUCUCCAAAAAGUAAGAUCUUUGUCCCCAUGUGCAGUAGUCUGGCUUUUUUAUGGCGGUUUUGGAGCAGUGGCUUCUUCCUUGCUGAGCGGCCUUUCAGGUUAUGUCGAUAUAGGACUCGUUUUACUGUGGAUAUAGAUACUUUUGUACCUGUUUCCUCCAGCAUCUUCACAAGGUCCUUUGCUGUUGUUCUGGGAUUGAUUUGCACUUUUCGCACCAAAGUACGUUAAUCUCUAGGAGACAGAACGCGUCUCCUUCCUGAGCCGUAUGACGGCUGCGUGGUCCCAUGGUGUUUAUACUUGCAUACUAUUGUUUGUACAGAUGAACGUGGUAGCUUCAGGCAUUUGGAAAUUUCUCCCAAGGAUGAACCAGACUUGUGGAGGUCUACAAUUUUUCUUUCUGAGGUCUUGGCUGAUUUCUUUUGAUUUUCCCAUGAUGUCAAGCAAAGAGAGUCUGAAGGUAGGCCUUGAAAUACAUCCACAGGUACACCUCAAAUUGACUCAAAUGAUGUCAAUUAGCCUAUCAGAAGCUUCUAAAGCCAUGACAUCAUUUUCUGGAAUUUUCCAAGCUGUUUAAAGGCCCAGUCAACUUAGUGUAUGUAAACUUCUGACCCACUGGAAUUGUGAUACAGUGAAUAUAAGUGAAAUAAUCUGUCUGCAAACAACCUGUCUGCCAAAACUAUAGUUUGUUAACGAGAAAUUUGUGGAGUGGUUGAAAAACGAGUUUUAAUGACUCCAACCUAAGUGUAUGUAAACUUCUGACUUCAACUGUAGGUUCUGGAUGGCAGGAAGCUUGGCCCUAGUGAUGUACUGGGCUGUACGCUCUACCCUCUGUUGCGCCUUUCCUGUAGUCCAGGAUCAGCUCCUUUGUCUUGCUCACAUUGAGGAAGAGGUUGUUGUCCUGGCACCACACUGCCAGGUCUCUGACCUUCUCCCUACAGGCUGUCUCAUCGUUGUCGGUGAUCAGGCCUACUACUGUCGUCAGUAAACUUAAUGAUGGUGUUGGAGUGGUGCUUGGCCCAAGCAGUCGUGGGUGAACAGGGAGUACAGGAGGGGACUAAGCACGCACCCCUGAGGGGCCCCAGUGUUGAGGAUCAGCGUGGCAGAUGUGUUGUUGCCUACCCUUACCACCUGGGGGCGGCCCGUCAGGAAGUCCAGUAUCCAUUUGCAGAGGGAGGUGUUUAGUCCCAGGGUCCUUAGCUUAGUGAUGAGCUUUGUAGGCACUAUGGUGUUCAACGCUGAGCUGUAGUCAGUGAACAGCAUUCUCACAUAGGUGUUCCUUUUGUCCAGGUGGGAAAGGGCAGUGGAGAGUGCGAUUGAGAUUGCGUCAUCUGUGGAUCUGUUGGGGUGGUAUGCAAAUUGGAGUGGGUCUAGGAUUUCUGGGAUGAUGGUGUUGAUGUGAGUCAUGACCAGCCUUUCAAAGCAUUUCAUGUCUACCGACGUGAGUGCUACGGGGCGGUAGUAAUUUAGGCAGGUUACCUUCGCUUUCUUGGGCACAGGGACUAUGGUGGUCUGCUUGAAACAUGUAGGUAUUACAGACUCAGUCAGGGAGAGGUAGAAAAUGUCAGGGAAGACACUUGCCAGUUGGUCCGCGCAUGCUCUGAGUACACGUCCUGGUAAUCCGUCUGGUCCCCACUGCCUUGUGAAUGUUGACCUGUUUAAAGGUCUUGCUCACAUCGGCUACGGAGAGCAUGAUCACACAGUCGUCUGGAACAGCUGGUGCUCUCAUGCAUGCUUCAGUGUUGCUUGCCUCGAAGCGAGCAUAAAUGGCAUUCAGCUCGUCUGGUAGGCUCGCAUCACUGGGCAGCUCGCGGCUGGGUUUCCCUUUGUAGUCCGUAAUAGUUUGCAAGCCCUGCCACAUCCGACAAGCGUCAGAGUCAGUGUAGUAGGAUUCAAUCUUAGUCCUGUAUUAACGCUUUGCCUAUUUGAUGGUUCGUCUGAGGGCAUAGCGGGAUUUCUUAUAAGCGUCCAUAUUAGUGUCCCGCUCCUUGAAAGCGGCAGCUCUAGCCAGUUAGCUCGGUGCGGAUGUUGCCUCUAAUCCAUGGCUUCUGGUUGGGAUAUGGAUGCAUAACAAUGUUCCCACAUUGCCCCCUGUGUUCCUGUGUCCUGCCACUCUAGCUGUGUUUACUGCGCACUAAUGCCAGUCAUUCACAACCUUAAUGAGAAAAUGUUCAUAAUUAGCAAUACUGCCAGACCCUCUCUCUUUUCCUCCCUGCUACUCUCCUAUCCUUCCCUUUAUCUGUUACAUUGCACCUUGUUGCAUCAUGACAGAAGCACAAAGCUUAAAGGUGCGUUAUGCAGAAAUCGCUUUGCCAUUUCCUGGUUGCUAAAAUUCUAAUAGUUUGCCUAAUUUCAGUUUAUGUGACAAUAGUAUAGAGAAUCAUUGUACCAUCUAAACCGCUGUGAAAUAUAUUUUCCUUAACCAAAACAAAUGCAUUUUCAGCUGUUUGAAGCUGGUGUACAAAAUUGAAAGUAAAAGAUGCAAAAAUGAAACUUAAGAACGGAAAGCAUAGAAAUAGUGCACAUAGAACAGAUCUACCGCUUCCUAGACUUGCUUUCAAUGAGAAUGACAGAUCUUUAACUCACAUUUCUAUGUACAUUUGGUCAGGUCGCCCAAAAAGUUACAUAUUGCAGCUUUAAAUAUCAUCAAAUUCACAUGUAAAUAUUAGCUGAGGUGCAUCUAUUUUUGGUUUCUGAAUUAUCUCAAGUGGCAAGUUUUGUAACACAUACGGAACGUAUCAACAUGUAUACCAGCCUAUUUAUGAGUGGAAGCUCAAGUGGAAGGGACUCUGUUGUGUAUUUUUCAUCAGUAGUUUAGUUAAUGGAAGGUAGUUCAGUUUGUACACAAGCACUGGCAGGAAGCCCAUGCUCUGGACAGCUUGGGGAAUGCACACCCACUCUGUAAACCUACAAUCUGCUACUGCAACCCCUCAGCACCAUUCACAGAAACAACCAUGGCACCAAGCUGUCAAUAUUGUGAAACUAAUACCACUAUCUCUACACCAGAUAAUACUGCCACUAUAAUAAUGUCACUACUGGCUAAGGAUCAGAGGUAGAGCUGUGAUACAAAUGAGGAUGUAUGCUUUAGUGUGCCUUCAAUGCACAUGCUGCACGUGUGGAUAUGUGGGUAUGUGACGUUGUAAAACAUAUACAUUUUAUAUAUGUUUUCUAUAUGUGUUCAAAUUAGGAUUGGGGUCGAAGUAGAGCAUAUAUCUAUGAUCAUUGUUGGAGCUACUGCUGCUGUUCUAGAAAAUACUAUGAGUCAGGGUUUUAAAUGUGAAGUCAGUCUGUCAACCUGCCCCUGCCCGAUCUCCUGCCAGCUCACACAUACAGUACACGCGUGUGUCUCCCCCGUGUGUGUGUGUGUGUGCAUGUGUGUCUCCCCUCAGUGUGUGCAUGCACUGCAGAUGCAGCACAUUAUCCAUGUGAAUUGGGUGACACUGCAGUACGAGGGCGGGGGAGGGACCAGUGCGGUUUACAGAGUCUCCCUGUGGCCAGUCACGGUACUGCAGGCUGGCAGAGCAGAGACAGGCACUGACUGUACUCUUAGUCUGUCUGAUUCUGCAGCUGUACGCCCUGACAGCCUGAGACAAAUCCAGGCUGUCUGCUUCCUUUGAGACCCGACUAAAAUAGACUUAAGGUUGUUUAUCUUCAGAAAUCUUUUUGUUCUGCUUCGUAGCCACUGUGGGUUUUGAGUUUCUCUGCUUGUUAUUUUUGUCUACUGUUUAGGAAUCCAUGUGAUGGAUGGAAUAAAAGGCAAACAGAUUAUAUUGGGGCUCGUUCUGUCGGCUGAUGAUUUUGUCUGAUGGUUCUGUGUGGUCACUGCUGAUUUCCAUUGCUGUCUCUGUAGAAUGGGCUCAACGGUUUGCAUCUGGCCUCUAAAGAAGGCCACGUCAAGAUGGUGCUGGAGCUACUACACGCAGGCAUUGUCCUGGAGACCACCACUAAGGUACUACUCACACACUACUCACUGCUUACCAUGACUAUACUCACAUACCACAGAUGCAUAAGACCUACCUCUGCCUUAUGAUUGAGAUAUUCACCAGCUAUAACAGACUGUUUACAGACUGAAGCCCCUAUAUACAGUGCCUUCAGAAAGUAUUCACACCCCUUGACCUUUUCCACAUGUUGUUGUGUUACAGCCAGAAUUUUAAAUGGUUUACAUUGAGAUUGUUUUACUGGCCUACACACAAUGCCCCAUAAUGUCAAAGUGGAAUUAUGUUAACUUUUUUCUUUUACAAAUUCAUUAAAAAUGAAAAGCUGAAAUGUCUUGAGUCAAUAAGUAUUCAACCCCUUUGAUAUGGCAAGCCUAAAUAAGUUCAGGAGUAAAAAUGUGCUUAGCAAGUCACAUAAUAAGUUGCAAGGACUCACUCUGUGUGCAGUAAUAGUGUUUAACAUGAUUUUUGAAUGACUACCUCAACUCUGUACCCCACACACAAUUAUCUGUACGGUCCCUGAGUCGAGUAGUGAAUUUCAAACACAGAUUCAACCACAAUGUCUGCUUUAAAAAAGCAGACAUUGAAUAUCCCUUUGCGCAUGGUGAAGUUAUUAAUUACACUUUGGAUGGUGUAUCAAUACACCCAGUCACUACAAAGAUACAGGCAUCCUUCCUAACUCAAUUGCCGGAGAGGAAGGAAACCGGUCAGGGAUUUCACCAUGAGGCCAAUGGUGACUUUUAAACAGUUACAGAGUUUAUUGGGCGUGAUAGGAGAAAACUGAGGAUGGAUCAACAACUUUGUAGUUACUCCACAAUACUAACUGAUUUGACAGAGUGAAAAGAAGUAAGCCUGUACAGAAUAAAAAUAUUCCAACACAUUACUGACUACCACACUCCACAUUUUCAAGCAUAGUGGUGGCUGCAUCAUGUUAUGGGUAUUGCUUGUAAUCGUUAAGGACUGGGGAUUUUUUCAGGAUAAAAGAUAAACAGAAUGGAGCUAAGCACAGGCAAAAUCCUAGAGGAAAACCUGGUUCAGUCUGCUUUCCACCAGACACUGGGAGAUGAAUUCACCUUUCAGCAGGACAAUAACCUAAAACUCAAGGCCAAGAGUUGCUUACCAAGAAGAAAGUGAAUGUUCCAGAGUGGCCAAGUUACAGUUUUGACUUAAAUCUGCUUGAAAAACUAUGGCAAAACCUGAAAAUGGUUGUCUAGCAAUGAUCAACAACCAACUUGACAGAGCUUGUAGAAUUUUUUUAAGAAUAAUGGACAAAUGUUGCACAAUCCAGGUUUGGAAAGCUCUUAGAGACUUAUCCAGAAAGACUCACAGCUGUAAUCGCUGCCAAAGGUGAUUCUAACAUGUAUUGAAUCAGGGGGUUGAAUGCUUAUCUAGUCAAGAUAUAUUAGUGUUUUAUUUUUCAUGAAUGUUUUACAAAUGUUAGCAUCUUUCUUCCACUUUGAUCUUACAGAGUAUUUUGUGUAGAUCGUUGACAAAAAAAUGAUCAAUUCAAUCAAUCUUAAUCCCACUUUGUAACAACAAAAUGUGGAAAAAGUCAUGGGGUGUGAAUACUUUCUGAAGGCACUGUAUAUUAUAAGCUUAUUCACUUAUUCACCUAAUUUGAUAGGCCUAUAAACGUAUGUAUCUAAUUUAAUCUAUCCAAUAUCAACCUAUUAAGUCAUAGAUCAGUCCCUCCAGGAUUCCGCGAUUCUGCGAUCACAACGAUUUUAGCAAAAUCAACAAUUCUCUGCAUAUUAUGCAAGGGCUUGCAAAUUUGACCAAUCACUGCACUAUUUCCACAUAAAACAGUCAAAUCAUUGCAAUAUUAUUGCAUAAAACUGAUCCAUCACCACAGUACAAAAAGAGGACUCGCAAUUUCAACUAAUCACAUUUAUCGCAUAUGUUUGAAUCAAUCCACGCGUCAACAAACUUCUUCCCUCGUCAGCACAUUUUCGCGACAAAUUGGACAAAAACAUUGCAUAUUGCCAUGCAAAAUGUCAGAAUUGCCGCAGCAAAAUCAAGCCUUUUGCCGCAAAUAUCACAAAAAAUCCCCACGAAAUCCUGAAGGGACUGAUAAGUCAUAACUAAUUAUUUCUGAGCACUGUAUCAUUAUCAAAGCUUUUUAAAUAGAGAUUUGGGUCAUAAGGCUGAACUCAGACUGCUCUCUGCUCCCUCUCUCUCUGUCUGUGUCUGUGUGUGUGUGUCACCUCCAGAAAGGGAACACUGCCCUUCAUAUCGCUGCGUUGGCAGGCCAGGAGAAAGUGGUGGCUGAGCUCGUCAACUAUGGAGCCAACGUCAAUUCCCAGUCCCAGGUGAGUCAUCAGUGACAUUAUACUGCUCCUUACUGUUAUCUGGGGGGGGGGGGGGUGUAUGUGGGUCCGGGGUGAGUGUACUGUGUGCGUCUCUCUGUGGGUGGGUGUGUCUCUUUGUGUGUGUAUGUGUGUGUGUGUGCACGUGUGUGUUGGUUUAUAUGUGUGUGCGUGUGUAUGUGCUUGUGUGUUGCUGGUAACUAGGGCUGUUACGGUGACCAUAUUACCGCCACACCGGCGGUCACGAGUCAUGACCACAGCAAAUUCCAUGUAACCGUUUAGUCAUGGUAAUCAGGCUUCUCCAAGCUCUGAUGCUGCUGAUGGUCAUUAGUAGCCUACCAAACUUGCUAACUGCCUGGUACUCAGCACUCGAUUGUCUCUCUAAUCACUCUGACAUCAAUGUAAAUGUAAUCGAAAAUCAAAUCAAACACUUCAUGAGAGCACAUGAACUCUUGUUGCACAACGUUUCUAUAGGCUAUGCAAUUGCGUGAGAAAACAGAGUUUUGAUGGCCUCUAUUAAAAAGAGCAGGAUCCCAUCAGCUUUCUAUAGGCUAGGCCUACUAUAUUUAUUUCUCAACUUUCCGAAUAUUAAGCACAUUGCUUCGAUUUACAACAGGAAUAUAGCCUACCUGGCUGGCAUGAAAAUGAACCUUGGGAAAAGCGUCCUCCAUUCGCUAUUUAAGUGCAUAGAUGACAUGUUACGAGACAGGUGCAUGAUAAUGGUCAAUUAUAAAUCAAAACUAAUUUCACACAUACAAUACCAGUCAAAAGUUUGGACACACCUACUCAUUCAAGGGUAUUUCUUUAUUUUUACAAUUUCUACAUUGUAGAAUAACAGUGAAGACAUCAAAACUAUGAAAUAACACAUAUAAAAUCAUGUAGUAACCAAAGAAGUGUUAAACAAAUCAAAAUAUAUUUUAUAUUUGAGAUUCUUCAAAGUAGCCACCCUUUGCCUUGAUGACAGCUUUGCACACUCUUGGCAUUCUCUCAACCAGCUUCAUAAGGUAGUCACCUGGAAUGCAUUUCAAUUAACAGGUGUGCACUACUAAAGGACACCAAUAAGAAGAAGAGACUUGCUUGGGCCAAGAAAUACGAGCAAUGGACAUUAGACCGGUGGAAAUCUGUCCUUUGGUCUGAUGAGUCCAAAUUUGAGAUUUUUGGUUCCAAUCGCCGUGUCUUUGUGAGACGCAGAGUAGGUGAACGGAUGAUCUCCACAUGUGUGUUCCCACCGUGAAGCAUGGAGGAGAUGGUGUGAUGGUGUGGGGGUGCUUUGCUGGUGACACUGUCAGUGAUUUAUUUAGAAUUCAAGGCACACUUAGACAGAAUGGCUACCACACCAUCCCAUCUGGUUUGCGCUUUGUGGGACUAUCAUUUGUUUUUCAACAGGAAUGUGACCCAAAACACACCUCCAGGCUGUGUAAGGGCUUUUUGACCAAGGAGAGUGAUGGACUGCUGCAUCAGAUGAACUGGCCUCCACAGUCACUAUACCUCAACCCAACUGAGAUGGUUUGGGAUGAGUUGGACCGCAGAGUGAAGGAAAGGCAGCCAACAAGUGUUCAGCAUAUGUGGGAACUCCUUCAAAACUGUUGGAAAAGCAUUCCUCAUGAAGCUGGUUGAGAGAAUGCCAAGAGUAUGCAAAGCUGUCAUCAAGGCAAAGGGUGGCUACUUUGAAGAAUCUGAAAUAUAUUUUGAUUUGUUUAACACUUUUUUGGUUACUACAUGAUCCCAUAUGUGUUAUUUCAUAGUUUUGAUGUCUUCACUAUUAUUCUACAAUGUAGAAAAUAGCAAAUAUAAAGAAAAACCCUUGAAUGAGUAGGUGUGUCCAAACUUUUGACUGGUACUCUAUAUUAUUUACUAUAUGUAAAUACAAGAUUAAAUUAAGAAUAGUCUGAUGGGUGACAAUAUUAGCCUAUCACUUGUGAAUUAUGUAUUAUCAUUUGUGAAUGAUGCCCAGCGUGUGCAGUAAGAAAAUAAACAAUGCAUGCAUAUUUUUUUCAACUUUUUCAAAUCUUCUAACAUCUUCAAUAUGCGCCUCAGAAUUCACUAAGAGGGACGCGGGCAGUUGCGUCCCCGAUGUGUCUGUCUUCACUUGUAGCCUACUUCGGAGCUGAGAUGCCUGUGAGAAGAACCCAAUCACAUGACGGGCAUUGGCUAAUACCAAUUGAGAUAUCUGAGAGAGCCAUGUGAGUGAGAGGUGCUAAGAAGCACGGCGAUUGGCAGCCGCUGGCCGCAAAAGGAAUGGAUUUUGUAGGGGGCAUUACGGCCACACAAGGGGGAUGCCACCUUGAAAUUUGAGGCAUCAUGCAGCCAGCCUUAGAAUGUAUUACAAACAAAAACAUAUAGCCCAAACUAAAGUUGCAUAAAUAAUUCUAAAUUAAGCAUAUAGUAGGACCUGUUUCUUUGUUAACCACUCAACACAGAAUAGCAGCAUGUGCACACUCCCUGGAAAUCGUUUGUAGAAAAUAUCCGUUAUACUUUAUUCAGCUAUGUUCAAGUGUAUUCUUCAUACUAUAAAAUAAUAUAAAAUAAUGCCACGGAAUUCUAAGCUUAUCUUGUCUGCUAAAUGAACUAGUGUAGCCCACAGCCAUAUGGCGUAGCCAGAUCAAAUCAAAUCAAAUUGUAUUUGCUACAUGCGCCGAAUACAACAGGUGUAGACCUUACAGUGAAAUGCUUACUUACAAGCCCUUAACCAGCAAUGCAGUUUUAAGAAAAAUAAGUGUUAAGUAAAAAAUAGAUAAGUAAAAAAAAUAUAUAAAAAAUAUAAAAAAAUUAUAUAUAUAUAUAUAUAUAUAUAUAUAUAUAUAUAUAUAUAUUAAAGAGCAGCAGUAAAAUAAAGGUAAUAUGUAGAGUUAAAGUGACUAUGCAUAAAUAAUAAACAGAGAGAAGCAGCAGCGUAAAAGAGGGGGUGGGGUGGGAUGGGGGGACACCUCAAAUAGUCUGGGUAGCCAUGAUUAGCUGUUCAGGAGUCUUAUGGCUUGAGGGUAGAAGCUGUUAAGAAGCCUUUUGGACCUAGACUUGGCGCUCCGGUACCCCUUGCUGUGCGGUAGCAGAGAGAACAGUCUAUGACUAAGGUGGCUGGAGUCUUUGACCAUUUUCUGGGCCUUCCUCUGACACCGCCUGGUAUAGAGGUCCUGGAUGGCAGGAAGCUUGGCCCCAGUGAUGUACUGGGCCGUACGCACUACCCUCUGUAGUGUCUUGCGGUCGGAGGCUGAGCAGUUGCCAUACCAGGCAGGAUGCUCUCGAUGGUGCAGCUGUAUAACGUUUUGAGGAUCUGAGGACCCAUGCCAAAUCUUUUCAGUCUCCUGAGGGGGAAUAGGUGUUGUCGUGCCCUCUUCACGACUGUCUUGGUGUGUUUGGACCAUGAUAGUUUGUUGGUGAUGUGGACACCAGGGAACUUGAAGCUCUCAACCUGUUCCAUUACAGCCCCAUCGAUGAGAAUCAGGGCCUAACAUAAGGACAACUCAGAAUAUGCUAUUCUAUUCUUCUGAAAUAGACUACAGUUUCUUUAUAUCAUGUUUCUUUAGACCUGUCUAAAAUAAAUAAUGGAUUUAUUGUGAUGGUUUAGGCUAUAUGAAAUGUAGAUGUUCCAAAGGUCUGGAUCAGUGGCUUUUAGGCUAUGCGUGGAAGCAAGGAGAUGCUAAACGUGUUUAUGUUAAUUAACGGUCAGUUACUGUGAGACCGGCAGUUUUUUUCUUGACAAUCACCGGCUGACAAAAUGUCAUGACCGCCACAGCCCUACUGGUAACCAUGCAUCAUGUGCCUCUUCCUUACAGAAAGGCUUCAGUCCCCUCUACAUGGCAGCACAAGAGAACCAUUUAGAGGUAGUGAAGUUCCUGUUAGAGAAUGGAGCAAAUCAGAGCCUUCCAACAGAGGUGAGUAAAGGCCUACAGAGUCAUUCUUCUCAGAUGUGUAUUGGCUUUAGUCCACUAGACAAUCUCUCCUCUUUCCAUUACAGUAAUCUUAAUUUAUAAUGUAUCACAUUUUCCUUUCCUCUUGUCCUCCGCCCCAUCUUCAUUUUCUUUCGCUCUCUCUUCCUCUCCUUCUACUUACCCUUCUCAACCCUUCCAUUAUCACUUGGCUUGUCUCCCCUUUCCUCCCUCCCCUCCCUCCCCUCCCUCUUUUCCUCCCACCCCCUUGCACCCUAUGUUGACCUUCCUUACCUCCUUCUCCCUCCUUUCCUCCUCUUUCUCCCUUCUUACCUUACUGCCUCGCUACCUCUCCCUCUGUCCUUCCCUCUCCUCCUUUCUCCCUUUUGACCUUACUCCCUGGCCACCCCUCCCUCUAUCCAACCUUCUCCCUCCCUCUCUCUUCCCCUGUCUGUCAGGAUGGGUUCACGCCGCUGGCGGUGGCUCUCCAGCAGGGUCAUGAGAACAUGGUGGCCCUGCUCAUCAACUAUGGCACCAAGGGCAAGGUCCGUCUUCCUGCCCUACACAUCGCUGCACGCAACGACGACACACGCACUGCCGCAGUGCUGCUGCAGAAUGACCCUAACCCCGACGUCCUCAGCAAGGUACUACUCACUGUGUGUGUGUGCGGGUGUGACUGAUGACUUGUUAAGCCUUAAUAUGCUGAUGUCAUUAGCUGAUGUCAUCAGUCAAAACACUGUUGUGUUGAAUUGCAGAUAAACAAUAGCAACAAAGGUGAUUAUCUGCAUUGCUUGCUGUUUGGGGUUUUAGGCUGGGUUUCUGUAUAGCACUUUGUGACAUCUGCUGAUGUAAAAAGGGCUUUAUGAAGACAUUUGAUUGAUUGAUUAACAAAAAAGCUGCCUGCAAACAUGGAUGAUAAUAAUCUCUCUCUCUCUCUCUCUCUCUCAAUUCAAUUCAAUUUCAAUUUAAGGGCUUUAUUGGCAUGGGAAACGUAUGUUAACAUUGCCAAAGCAAGUGAAGUAGAUAGUAAACAAAAGUGAAAUAAACAAUAAAUAUUAACAGUAAACAUUACACUCAGAAGUUCCAAAAGAAUAGACAUUUCAAAUGUCAUAUUAUGUAUAUAUACAGUGUUGUAACAAUGUGCAAAUAGUUAAAGUACAAAUGGGAAAAUAAAUAAACAUAAAUAUGGGUUGUAUUUACAAUGGUGUUUGUUCUUCACUGGUUGCCCUUUUCUUGUGGCAACAGGUCACAAAUAUUGCAGCUGUGAUGGCACACUGUGGUUUUUCACCCAGUAGAUAAGGGAGUUUAUCAAAAUUGGGUUUGUUUUCGAAUUCUUUGUGGAUCGCUGUAAUCUGAGGGAAAUGUGUGUCUAAUAUGGUCAUACAUUUGGCAGGAGGUUAGGAAGUGCAGCUCAGUUUCCACCUCAUUUUGUGGGCAGUGUGCACAUAGCCUGUCUUCUCUUGAGAGCCAGGUCUGCCUACGGCGGCCUUUCUCAAUAGCAAGGCUAUGCUCACUGAGUCUGUACAUAGUCAAAGCUUUCCUUAAGUUUGGGUCAGUCACAGUGGUCAGUUAUUCUGCCACUGUGUACUCUCUGUUUAGGGCAAAAUAGCAUUCUAGUUUGCUCAGUUUUUUUGUUUGUUCUUUCCAAUGUGUCAAGUAAUUCUCUUUUUGUUUUCUCAUGAUUUGGUUGAGUCUAAUUGUGUUGUUGUUGUCCUGGGGCUCUGUUUGUGAACAGAGCCCCAGGACCAGCUUACUUAGGGGACUCUCUCUCUCUCUCUCUCUCUCUCUCUCUCUCUCUCUCUCUCUCUCUCUCUCUCUCUCUCUCUCUCUCUCUCUCUCUCUCUCUCUCUCUCUCUCUCUCUCUCUCUCUCUCUCUCUCUCUCUCUAGACUGGCUUCACUCCUCUCCACAUCGCAGCUCACUAUGAGAACCUGAGUGUGGCCCAACUGCUAAUAAACAGAGGCGCCAAUGUCAACUAUACUCCCAAGGUCAGUCCAUUAACCCUCACCUCUACUGUAGCUACUGUAUCAGCCUUAAUCAUGACAUAGAUAUCAUAGUCCCUCAAAGACCGCAUUUCCUAACAGAAGAGUCUUUGAUUCAAUUGAUUUAGAAAUUGUUCUCCCCCUCUCAGAAUGGUAUCACCCCCCUGCACAUAGCCUCCAGGAGGGGUAAUGCGAUCAUGGUUCGGCUUUUGCUGGACAGAGGGGCCCAGAUAGACGCCAUGACCAAGGUACUGUAACCCCACACUUUCUCCUCUUCCUCCUCCUCAUCCUCCCCUUUCUGCCAUUUGACUUGAAAACUGUUUAACCCUACCUGGCUUCUUCACUCUCUUUAGGAUGAGCUGACCCCUUUGCACUGUGCGGCCAGGAACGGUCACGUGAGGAUCAUCGAUCUCCUGCUGGACCAGGGGGCUCCCAUCCAGGCCAAGACCAAGGUCAGCCACAGGCCUCUCGGGGUCCACUAUGGGGAAAAUAAAGGGCCCUACUUUAUGAUCACCUUGACGCAAUAUCACACCAUUAACAUCACUAUUAAAGCAUUUUCAGCAGUAACCAAUGAUUCUCUGCAAACAACACUGACCCGUGACUUAUUUCAGUAUUAUUAAUGUAUCUAUUUUUUUCCCUCUCAAAUGUCUUACACUGCUCUUCUCUCUGUUUCUCUUUCAUUCCCUCUAUCUUUCUCUUCUAUCUCCCUAUCCUCCCUGUCUCCCCUCCAGAAUGGCCUGUCCCCCAUCCACAUGGCGGCCCAGGGAGACCACAUGGACUGUGUGAGGCAGCUCCUCCAGUACAACGCUGAGAUCGAUGACAUCACGCUGGACCACCUGACCCCUCUACACGUGGCGGCCCACUGUGGUCACCACCGCAUGGCCAAAGUGCUGCUGGACAAGGGGGCCAAGGCCAACGCACGUGCACUGGUCAGCAGCUCUUAAGUGUCCUUCUAAUUCUCUAUACUGGUGCUUAGGGUGAGGUGUACUGUAGCUGUCAAUUGGUCAGGUAUACUGAGCUUUUAUAAGUGGGUCACGUUCAGUAGGCACAAACAGUAGAAAACAUUAUGAAGUAUGAAUGAGGGUUGUUAUUGGACAAGUUCAGGCAGGACCUUCUCCAUAUCUAAAUGCUUUCUCCCAUUUUGUGCAUACCUAUCAUAACCCUAUGCUGAAUUAGCAAAAUGUUGUGACUUUGUUCAGAAUGGGUUCACUCCCCUCCACAUUGCCUGUAAGAAGAACCACAUGCGCUCCAUGGACCUGCUUCUGAAACACUCUGCCUCCCUGGAGGCCGUCACAGAGGUGAGAUAACACUAUUUUGAAGAGCAAUGGGUUUGCAGGAUAUGGUGUACUACUGUUUGUAAUUGUUGCAAUCGUUUAGUGCCAAUUGUGCCAUUACAAAAGGUCUGAAAGUGAGAAUGUAGGCCUGAUGGAGAUGGAUUUAUAUAAUACCUUAACCCUUCUCUCUCUUCAUAUGCCCCCACCCCCCCUCCCCUUACAUAGUCUGGUCUGACUCCCCUGCAUGUAGCAGCCUUCAUGGGCCACCUGAACAUUGUGAAGAACCUGCUCCACAGAGGAGCUUCUCCCAACGCCUCCAACGUGGUGAGAGGCAGCCCCUUUAUAACCUUUAUUACUGACACGGGAGAAAUAUCCAUCGCUCUCUGAUGGACUCGUAGUAACUUAUCUUAUUCCUAUGUUGAAAUGAACACCAGCAAAGGUUAUGAUAGAUGGAUUGGUAUCUGGUCCAUGCAUUGGUAAGGAUUGGAUGACUAAAGCCUGUUCUCUGUGUGUAUAAUGUGAUAUUUUAGUUGAUGUGUGUUAUUGAUAUUGCAUAGCAUAGUCAUGUGUUUAAUGUCAGAGUAGUUGUGACAGGCUAUGUGACCUCUGACCUGUGUUUGUGUGACAGAAAGUGGAGACGCCCCUCCACAUGGCAUCCAGGGCGGGCCACUGUGAGGUGGCUCUGUUCCUGCUGCAGAACACAGCCCAGGUGGACGCCAAGGCUAAGGUACUGUACACACUGUCAUGCAGCCAUACACAUCUAUGAGCAUUCAUAAUGUUUUGCUACAAACUCUGACCUGGUUGGAAUACACUGUCACGAUCGUUGAGAGACGGGUCGGACCAAGGUGCAGCGUGAAAAGCGUACAUGUUUAUUACCUCAAUAAACAUACAACAAAACAAGAAACAACGUAACAUGAAGACCAAAGGGCUAUACACAUACAAGCCUAACAGGAACACAAACAAGAUCCCACAACCCAGGCAGGAAAACUGGCUGCCUAAGUAUGAUCCCCAAUCAGAGACAACGAGUGACAGCUGCCUCUGAUUGGGAACCACACCCGGCCAAACAUAGAAAUACAAAACCUAGAGUUUAACUACCUAGAGAAUAACAGUCUCUCCAGGUCAGGGCGUGACAUACACAUUCAAAACCACCAACACAUGGCACAUAUCAGGGGCACAACUAUGGUUUUAGAAGUGGGGGGGACAAAAUAAUAUAAUAAUAUAUUUUUAACAAUUAUCCAUUCGGAUAAACACUCCAAACAGCCUACCCGACAGCUCGGAGGCGUCCGCAUGGUCUUAGAGCACACCGUUGCCUCGUUUUGUAUCACAUUCCAAUGAUAGAACUGGGGGGGACAGAAAUGCUGAAUGUGAAAGUUGCGCCCCUGGCACAUAUACAGAGUACCAGUCAAAUGUUUGGAGACACCUACUCAUUCCAGGGUUUUUCUUUAUUUUUACUAUUUUCUACAUUGUAGAAUAAUAGUGAAGACAUCCAAACUAUGAAAUAACACAUAUGGAAUCAUGUAGUAAACAAAUAAGUGUUAAACAAAUCAAAAUAUAUUUUAGAUUUUAGAUUCUUCAAAGUAAGCCACCCUUUGCCUUGAUGAUAGCUUUGCACACUCUUGGCAUUCUCUCAACCAGCUUCAUGAGGUAGUCACCUGGAAUGCAUUUCAAUUAACAGGUGUGUCUUGUUAAAAGUUAAUUUGUGGAAUGUAUUUCCUUCUUAAUGCAUUUGAGCCAAUCAGUUGUGUUUGACAAGGUAGGGGUGGUAUACAGAAGAUAGCCCUAUUUGGUAAAAGACCAAGUCCAUAUUAUAGCAAGAACAGCUCAAAUAAGCAAAGCGAAACGACAGUCCAUCAUUACUUUAAGACAUGAAGGUCAGUCAAUACGGAAGAUUUCAAGAACUUUGAAAGAUUCUUCAAGCGCAGUCGCAAAAACCAUCAAGCGCUAUGAUGAAACUGGCUCUCAUGAGGACCUUCACAGGAAAGUUAGACCCAGAGUUACCUCUGCUGCAGAGGAUAAGUUCAUUAGAGUUACCAGCCUCAGAAAUUGCAGCCCAAAUAAAUGCUUCACAGAGUUCAUGUAACAGACACAUCUCAACAUCAACUUUCAGAGGAGACUGUGUGAAUCAGGCCUUCAUGGUCGAAUUACUGCAAAGAAACCACUACUACAGGACACCAAUAAGAAGAUACUUGUUGGGGCAAAAAACACGACUAAUGGACAUUAGACCGGUGGAAAUCUGUUCUUUGGUCUGAUGAAUCCAAAUUUGAGAUUUUUGGUUCCAAUGAGAUGCAGAGUAGGUGAACGGAUGAUCUCUUUAUGGUGUGGUUCCCACCGUGAAACAUGGAGGAGGAGAUGUGAUGGUGUGGGGGUGCUUUGCUGGUGACACGGUCUGUGAUUUAUUUAGAAUUCAAGGCACACUUAACCAGCAUGGCUACCUCAGCAUUCUGCAGAGAUACGCCAUCCUAUCUGGUUUGGGCUUAGUGGGACUAUCAUUUGUUUUUCAACAGGACAAUGACCCAACACACCUCCAGGCUGUGUAAGGGCUAUUUGACCAAGAAGGAGAGUGAUGUAGUGCUGCAUCAGAUGACCUGGCCUCCACAAUCACCCAACCUCAACCCAAUUGAGAUGGUUUGGGAUGAGUUGGACCGCAGAGUGAAGGAAAAGCAGCCAACAAGUGCUCAGCAUAUGUGGGAACUCCUUCAAGACUGUUGGAACAGAAUUCCAGGUGAAGCUGGUUGAGGGAAUGCCAAGAGUGUGCAAAGCUGUCAUCAAGGCCAAGGGUGACUACUUUGAAGAAUCUAAAAUCAAAAAUAUAUUUGGAUUUGUUUAACACUUUUUUGGUUACUUCAUGAUUCCAUAUGUGUUAUUUCAUAGUUUUGAUGUCUUCACUAUUAUGUAGAAAAUAGUAAAAAUAAAGAAAAACCCUUGAAUGAGUAGGUGUCCAAACUUUUGACUGGUACUGUAUAUAUUUUAUUUUAUUCAGUUACUAUCUUUACAACAGCAUACAUUGCACAAAUACCUUAAUGUUACUGCUAGCUAAAUACAAUUGCUUACACGUAUAUCAUUCCAACCUCUGUUUCUCCUCACUCUCUCUCUCCAUCUCUCUCUCUCUCUCUCUAGGAUGACCAGACCCCUCUGCACUGUGCGGCCCGGAUGGGACAUAAGGAGCUGGUCAAGCUGCUCCUGGAGCACAAGGCCAAUCCUGAUUCGGCUACCACCGCUGGCCACACCCCCUUACACAUCGCCGCCCGUGAGGGACACGCCCACACCACCCGCAUCCUCCUGGAUGGGUCGGCCCAACAAACCAAGAUGACAAAGGUUCUCCUUUAAUUUACUGACUUUUCUUUUUCUCUCUUUCUCUCUUUCUCUCUCUCUUUCCCUCACCCUCUCUCUCUUUCUAUCUCUCUCCCUCUAACCCCAUUUUUCUCUCAAGCUCAUACCUCUCACUCCUAAUCCCUUCACACCUUACCUCUUUUAGUUAUUCUGCUCAUGCUGAAUCUGUGUUUGUGUGUCCAAGCAGAAAGGAUUCACUCCUCUCCAUGUUGCCUGUAAGUACGGCAAAGUGGACGUGGUCGAGCUGCUGCUGGAGAGAGGAGCCAACCCCAAUGCGGCUGGAAAGGUAUAGAAACACACAGCAACACAGCACGGACUGUCCUGUGCUUUUUAGCAGUGUUAAGCAUACUUCUCAGUGCUGUGACCCACCUAAAGCUUAUGGAACUUUCCUGUGACCCAACUAACAAAUAAACCCCAUAUUCUAUGUACUGACCGUCAUUUAUCACAGCCCAAAAGGAAUCAGCGUGUUCCACCAUUUUAGACAUUAUUUCUCAUUUAAACAUGCGCCCACAAAGGCAGACUGAUAUUCUGUUGUUUAGAUAGCUAGUGACAGUAAGUGUGUGUAUGUGUGUCCAAGCAGAACGGCCUGACUCCUCUACACGUGGCCGUCCAUCACAACAACCUGGACGUGGUCAAGCUGCUGGUCAGCAAGGGAGGCAAUGCACACAGCACUGCCCGGGUAAGAGGAACGAUGUAACACACACACCACUCACACAUAGCAGUACUAGUAUAUCCCCCCUUUCAGGUUCAUUGGUAACUACUGUACAGUAUGAUGAAUACGACCCACCAAUUGAUGAUCCAGUGUAUUACCCCAACCCUGCUGACUCCCUGUGUCUGUCUAUAGAACGGCUACACUCCCCUGCACAUUGCAGCCAAGCAGAACCAGAUGGAGGCGGCUGGCUGCCUGCUGCAGUAUGGAGCCUUGGCCAACGCUGAGUCCCUCCAGGGGGUCACGCCCCUCCACCUGGCCUCCCAGGAGGGCCAGCCAGACAUGGUGGCCCUUCUCAUCUCCAAACAGGCCAAUGUCAACCUCGGGAACAAGGUACUGGACUGUACAUAUCUGAGCUCAGGAGGGUUUGAGGCAAGCUUUCAGGGAUAGCUAGCGAAGUUGUACAGGGUUUGAUGGACUCAUGGUAAGAUAAAGUGUUGAGGGCCACAGGGCAUGAUGUUUCGAUCACUGGGUCAAAGCGGUUACUGUAAUUACCUUCUAGUAUGGCAUGCAUAUUGUGGUAGAGAUUUGAUGGUGCACUGUGACUCAGACUGACUCAGAGCUGGUUAGUGAACAGACUGACCAGCAGCCUACUGUAUUCCUCCUGUUCCCCCUGUGUCUCUCAGAAUGGACUGACCCCUCUGCACCUGGUGGCCCAGGAAGGUCACGUGGGGAUAGCAGACACCCUGGUCAAACAGGGGGCAUCAGUCUACGCAGCCUCACGGGUAAGACAUGCUGCAUGAAAUCAACCACAAACCUCGUAACACAGUGUACAAUAUAUAGUGUAAUGUACACUUUUUCUGAUAUUCAGUAGAGUGGGGUUCAGUAUAAGCAGCAUAAUGCACCACAUGCUAUGAUGGCAUGCCAUUUCCAAUACUUUCAUACAUUAUGCACACUCUCUCAAAUUCCAAUAAUAUUUUACUGGCAGGACUGUUCAAGGUAUAUCAGAGCAACCAAGCUGUUUAUAAUGAGGCAAUAAUGAGGCCACUGAAACACAGCCAACCCUCACUAAGGUCCCCCCCUCUCUCUCGCCAUCUCUCUUUUAGAUGGGCUACACAGCGCUUCAUGUGGCCUGUCACUAUGGCAACAUCAAGAUGGUGAAAUUCCUCCUGCAGCAGCAGGCUCAUGUGAACUGCAAGACCAGAGUGAGAAGCUGCUGCUACACUCCUCCUUACACGUGGCCUCUAUUAGUGUGGCUUUGCCCUGUCUCACGUCACUACCACCUUCAGGCUGCUGUCACAUCACUCCCAUUACAUUAGAUUGGACAUGGAAUUUCUGUUGAAUAAUGGCAUGUCAAUGUCUGCAGUCUUGGUAAGAGGAUUGCAUUGAAUUUAACACCCUUUCUCUCUCUCUCUCUCUCUCUCUCUCUCCUCUCUCUCUCUCUCUCUCUCUCUCUCUCUCUCUCUCUCUCUCUGCUCCCCCUCUCUCCACCCCCUCUAUAGGUGGGCUACACUCCCCUGCACCAGGCUGCCCAGCAGGGUCAUACUGACAUAGUCACCCUGCUGCUCAAACACGGAGCCCUGCCCAACGAGAUCACCACCGUAAGCACAUCCUUCCUCCUCUUUCCUCAUCCCUCAUAUACACCCUUCUCCUGUAGAUCUGCUCUUCCCUUACUCUAUUCUCUUUUCUUAUCUUCUCUUCACUUCUUCAUCUUUUUCCCUUAUUUGCUUUCCUCUACUCAUUUCUUCCAUCAUGCUCACAUUUACAGCCUUCGUCUGGUGUCUGAUCUGUGUAUCUCCUAUCUGUCUCUGUUCUCUGUGGUAGAAUGGGACCUCUCCUCUGGGUAUUGCCAAACGACUGGGUUACAUCUCUGUCAUUGAUGUGCUGAAAUUGGUCACCGAUGAGGCCGUUUCCGUGGUAAGCAGCACUUCUAAUUCACAUGGUUACUAGUGUAUUUGUGUGUGGUGUGAAACUCUGAGCUACAGUACAGAAACAUGUUGACUGGAAUUACAUAUCUGAGCAUGUCAGUUGAUAUCAUUAAUUUCUCUCUCCUUUUCUUGACGUUUUUCACAGAUCACCACAGAGAAACAUCGGAUGAGUUUCCCUGAGACAGUAGAUGAGAUAUUGGAUGUUUCAGAGGAUGAGGGUAGGUUGGGGCACUCAAGACACGUCCCUUGUUUGCGUGUAAGAUUUCUGUCAAAAAUAGUACUUCUGCGUGUCUUGUGUUUUGGUUGUGAUAGUCAGCCCAGGUUCAGUGUCAUGGCAGAGGACUGAAGUCUAUCUCUGAACCUAAAUGACUAGCCUAAACAAUGCCUUUUUCCAUUUGAUUUGUAGGUGUUGCAGCGCUAACAUUAGGUAGGACUGUCCUUAUCUCUGCUUUGUCCGGUCGUUCGGUGGCUCGUAUGUGCCUCCAUUGCAAGAACUUUCUCAUUCUCUAAUCCCUAUCAAUCUCUCUUCAUAACCGUCUCUCUGUCAAAACUUUUUCCUGCUAUCCUCUUCUCUACCUCCACCCCCUAGCUAUCUUUCUCUUUUUCUCUCUAUUUCCCUUUCCUAUCUCUCUCUCUCUCUCUCUCUUCGUCUAUGCUCAAUGUAACGACAAUGUCAGCGUUUCAUUCGCAUGUGAUGUGGUCAUGAUAUUUUCCUUUACCAGUGUUAACAACACCUGUCCAUGGAUUCAUCAUUGACAUGACUACAUCAGAAUUUAGAAAGUAGAAAUAUAACAAGAGAAAAAUAGAACGAACACCAUUCUGUCACUGAGGGAUCCAGUCCUGCAGUGCUUAAUUGAUCAACAGACUAAUUACACAGAUACAACUCCAGCUGAGAAGCACUCAAGGAUCAGCAUGAACAUAGUGACUGUGUAUACCCAUAUAUAACUGCUCGUAGUUAUAAUAACCUUUUUCAGUAACAAAGGCAUUCUCUCCCAUACAGAAAUCUCUAACGGGCAUGCUCACUAAAGCUGUAACCGGGUGCCAUGCUGUGUACCAUGCAGUGUGUGUUCUAUUCUGUGUUGUCAAUCGUAUUGUUUUUUCCAUUGGUCUCCAUUGGCUGUGGUUGUUGUCGGUUUGACUCUAUUCCGAUCUGAAAUAGCUUGGUGAUGUUACUAUAUAUGGUAAUACUAGGAUGGUGGGCGGCAGUGGGGAGUGGUAUUUUGGCACAUGUAACAGUCUAGACAAACUCAUUCCACGGAGGGCUGAUUGUCUGCGGGUUUUCACUCCUCCCUUGGACUUGAUUGAUGAAUUAAGGUCACUGAUUGGUAAGGAACUCUCCUCACCUGGUUGCCUAGGUCUUAAUUGAAAGGAAAAAACUAAAACCAGCAGACACUAGGCCCUCCAUGGAAUGAGUUUGACACCCCUGGUCUAGACCUAUCAAGUAAUUUCUCUCUCUUCUCUCUCUCUUUCUGCACCUUUGGUUUUUGUUUCUCUGACGUCUCUCUGUGCUCUGCAGGUGAUGAGUUGCUGGGGAUGGAUGGCGCUCGCUACCUGAAGCUUGACGACCUCAAGGACCAGGAUGAUGAUUUCCUGUCCCCUAAGAAGACCCUGAGAGACUUUGAGGGUGGCCUGGGCACCACGUAAGUGACAGCGCCAGGGUCGAAAUGAACACUUUGUGCGUCAGAGUCCAGUCAUCUGAGGAUAAUGUGAGGGAAAUUAUUUUCCACCACAUUACUCUUUGGCCAACUCACCUUUUUCUCUUUCUUUUUGGGGUGUAGGCCCUACUCUCCUGCUAUUCCCAGAAUCCCGUGCGUGUCCCCUGAAACUGUCCUGCUUGAGGGGGUAAUGUUAAAGGAUUUAUUAAUUUAUCUCAUCAAAUGCAAUUGUUAAUGCUGAUGAUUAGAUUGUGCUCUCUCUUUCUCCCUCUCCCUCUGUCUCAACAGCACACCCCUGUCCCCUUGCCUAAGGAGUAUGAUGAGGACUCUCUGAUCCCCAGCAGUCCUGCUACAGAGACCUCCGACAAUGUCAGCCCAGUGGCCAGCCCCAUACACACAGGGUCAGUUUACUCCCUCUAUAACAGGGGUCUCCAACCCUGUUCCUGGAGAGCUACCCUCCUGUAGGUUUUCGCUCCAACCUCAGUUGUAACUAACCUGGUUCAGCUUCCUAACCAGCUAAUUAUUAGAAUCAGUUGUGUUAGAUUAGGGUUGGAGUGAAAACCUACAGGACGGUAGCUCUCCAGGAACAGGGUUGCACAAGACCUGCACACCCUAUUAUACACAAUACCAACACAUUACAAGCAUAAUGAAUCGGUCAGUUUAUUUCAUAUUUCUUCCAUUCAGUGUGAUUACAUUCCUUUUACAAGGUCAUUAUGACCGUUUAUGAUUUAAUUUGAUCAGAAUGAACUUGAAUGAAAUACGGUUGGAUAGUUCUUCUCUCAAUAAUUAAUGGUGGUUCUCAUUGGUUGCUGGUCAGGUUCCUGGUCAGUUUCAUGGUAGAUGCCCGAGGGGGCUCCAUGCGUGGCAGCAGACACCACGGGCUGCGUGUCAUCAUCCCCCCGCGGACCUGUGCUGCCCCCACCCGCAUCACCUGUCGUCUGGUCAAACCCCAGAAACUCACCACCCCACCCCCGUUGGUAGAGGGAGAGGGCCUGGCCAGUCGUAUCAUCUCCCUGGGGCCCUCCAGUAUGCAGUUCCUCGGGUGAGUGCGUACGUGUGUGUGUCUGCAUCUCUGUAUGUCUGCUUGUUUGUCAACCUGUAUUUGAUUGGGCAGUGAGGACCUUGUAUUUCUCUUAUUACCCAGUGGACAGUGAUAGUAGUGAUUGUAACAGUGUAGGAGCAAUCGUACAGUAAUCAUAAUAGAUUCCAAUAGUAAUAGCAUGUUUAGUAUUCUGAUGUAGAGCGCUAAUAUCUCUAUAGGCCAGUGAUAGUGGAGAUUCCCCAUUUCGCUUCUCUGGGUCGAGGGGACCGGGAGCUGGUUGUUCUGCGCAGUGAGAACGGCUCUGUAUGGAAGGAGCAUCGCAAUCGCUAUGGCGACGAGGUGCUGGAGACCAUUUUGAAUGGCAUGGAUGAAGGUCAGUGAAACAAUGAUAAAUAUCACCUCUCUACAGUAGAGCCAUCUUUAUGUACUGUUAUGUCUAAGGACAGGUCCAUUCAUAUGGGCCUCUUAUGUAAGCAACAGUAUAUCAUUUUACUGUAACAGCAAUGUUAUACACACAAUAACAUAUGUGAAACCAUUAACAUAAUCCAAGCCCCAUUCUCUCUGCCGCCCCUCUCCUCCCUCAGACCUGGAGAGUCACGAGGACUUGGAGAAGAAGAGAAUCCGCCGCAUCAUCUCCACUGACUUCCCCCUCUACUUCGCUGUGGUGUCCCGCGUCCAGCAGGAGAGCGACCUGAUUGGCCCAGAGGGCGGUCAGCUGGCCAGCAUGCUGGUCCCUCAUGUCCAAGCCAUCUUCCCUGAGACAGCGGUCACCAAGAAAGUUCGACUGGGGCUGCAGGUGAGGAAGAGGAGAAGGACGAGGAAGAGAUACAUGCCGAGAGAUACCUUACCUUCCCUACUGGGUUAUGUGAAUAGAAAGGCAUGCUGGCUCCCUAGGAGUGAAUAGGCUAUGUCAUGCUUUCUGCACUGCUCUUCCAAAGACCUAGGGCUGUAUUCAGUCAACUUUGAUUGAGUGGGACAUCUUAUCAGGUAGCUGCUCUGUUCAGCUUACUCAAUCAGUGCUGUCUGCCCUACCAAACAAGCAAUGUUGGCACCACAGCAACAAUGGCGCUGGAAAGGUAAAUACCUGUCAAUUUGUGGAAAGAUCACCCUAAAUAACUCUUUAGUAUUAUCCCAGUUUACCUAUUUGCUUAUGGUCUUGCCUACGUCUAGCGAACAGUUUUUUGAAAUUAUAUGAGAGAAAAAUAUUCCAUUUUAUUUGGAACGGCAAGCCAGACAAAAUUAAACUGGCCUAUUUAUAUAAUGAAUAUGAAUUCGGAGGACAGAAAUUAUUAAAUAUUAAAGCAUUAGACCUAUAACUAAAAGCUUCAGUCAUACAAAAGUUAUACUUAAAUCCGAACAGGUUCUUUACCAAAUUAGUAAGAUUGUCUCACCCAAUGUUCAAGAAUGGCCUUUUUCCCUUUAUUCAGAUUACAACCUCUCACUUUCAGUUAUUUGAAAAGGAAAUAAUCUCCCAAAUAUCACUAUAAAAAAAAAAAACAAGCCAUAGAAAGUUGGUUGCAAUUUCAAUUCAAUCCUCUGGAAACGACAGAACUAAUAAUGCAACAAAUAUUGUGGUUAAACUCAAAUAUAAUAAUUGAUAAAAAUAAAUUGCAAUAAAAAAAAGGUAUAAUCUUCGUAAAUGAUAUCAUAGGUAGGACUGGUGGAGUUAUGUCGCACAUGCAGCUAACAAAAACAUAUGGAAAUAUCUGCUCUACCCAAAAUUACAACCAAAUAAUUUCAGCAUUACCGCAAAAAUGUAAGAGGAAAGUGGAAGGGGGAAAAAGUAAGGAACUUGUCUGUCGGCCCUGCAUUAAAGAACAUAAUUGGUUAAAGAAAAUUGUGAUAAAUAAAAAUUAUACCAGUUUAAUUUAAGAACCAAAGGAUUGACAGCCAUCCCAUAUAAAUUGCAAAAUAGUUGGGAAGAGAUUUUUGACGUAUCGAUUCCAUGGCAUAGUGUUUAUGAACUGAUGCGCAAAACGACGCCGGAUUCAAAACGUAUAAUUUUUCAAUUUAAAUUGUUAUAAAAAUUCUUGCUACCAAUAGAAUGUUAUUUAUAUGGGGGAAACAAUCUUCCCAGCUCUGCAGAUUAUGCUGCGAAGAGACAGAAUCAUUAGUUUUGGUACUGUCCAUUUGUAACUUGUUUUUGGACACAGCUCCAGGAAUGGCUAAAGGAUUGCAAUAUUUAACUGGAGCUAACCCUACUGGGUGAUCUGAAAAGUCAUAGUCAAUCGAUCAAUAAUAUAAUAAUACUUUUAGCAAAAAUGUUUAUUUUCAAUUUACAAUCUGUAGAAACAAUGAGAAUAGAAGGGUUCAGAACUUUUGUAAAACAUCACAGUACAGUUGAAAAAUAUAUGGCAAAUAGAAAUGCAAUAUGGAUGGUGUUAAGAGAUAGAUGGGCGGGGUUGAAUGGAGCUGAACGUUGGGACUAAUAACAACUAACAACAACUAAUAACAACAAGAUAACUAAUGUAAAGCAUACUGUGUCCAUAAUAAGUAUGUAGGUUAUAGGUUGAGAGCUUUUGUGAAAGAGCACAGUUAGAAAGAUAUGGCAUAUAGAAGCAAACCGGAAGGACAUCAUGAAAAUGAUCGGAGCGGUUGAGGGUAGAGGAAGUUCAUGAGUAAAAACAAACAAAAUAUAAUUAUUUUAAAAUUGACUGUGUCCAUAAAAUGUAUAUAGUAUGUAUAAGCUGGAAGUAGAGGCCUAAGCAUUGUUGUUUACUAGUUUACUCCAAUUAGGGAAGGGGUGGUGGGGUUGGAAAGUAAUAAAGGGAAAUAUAUUUUAAAAAAGGAUAUGUAUAUGUAUAUAUAUAUAUAUAUAUAUAUACACAGUGGGGAGAACAAGUAUUUGAUACACUGCCGAUUUUGCAGGUUUUCCUACUUACAAAGCAUGUAGAGGUCUGUAAUUUUUAUCAUAGGUACACUUCAACUGUGAGAGACGGAAUCUAAAACAAAAAUACAGAAAAUCACAUUGUAUGAUUUUUAAGUAAUUAAUUUGCAUUUUAUUGCAUGACAUACAUAUUUGAUCACCUACCAACCAGUAAGAAUUCCGGCUUUCACAGACCUGUUAGUUUUUCUUUAAGAAGCCCUCCUGUUCUCCACUCAUUACCUGUAUUAACUGCACCUGUUUGAACUCGUUACCUGUAUAAAAGACACCUGUCCACACACUCAAUCAAACAGACUCCAACCUCUCCACAAUGGCCAAGACCAGAAGCUGUGUAAGGACAUCAGGGAUAAAAUUGUAGACCUGCACAAGGCUGGGAUGGGCUUUCAGGACAAUAGGCAAGCAGCUUGGUGAGAAGGCAACAACUGUUGGCGCAAUUAUUAGAAAAUUGAAGAAGGUCAAGAUGACGGUCAAUCACCCUCGGUCUGGGGCUCCAUGCAAGAUCUCACCUCGUGGGGCAUCAAUGAUCAUGAGGAAGGUGAGGGAUCAGCCCAGGACUACAUGGCAGGACCUGGUCAAUGACCUGAAGAGAGCUGGGACCACAGUCUCAAAGAAAACCAUUAGUAACACACUACGCCAUCUUGGAUUAAAAUCCUGCAGCGCACGCAAGGUCCCCCUGCUCAAGCCAGCGCAUGUCCAGGCCCAUCUGAAGUUUGCCAAUGACCAUCUGGAUGAUCCAGAGGAGGAAUGGGAGAAGGUCAUGUGGUCUGAUGAGACAAAAAUAUAGGUCUAAACUCCACUCGCCGUGUUUGGAGGAAGAAGAAGGAUGAGUACAACCCCAAGAACACCAUCCCAACCGUGAAGCAUGGAGGUGGAAACAUCAUUCUUUGGGGAUGCUUUUCUGCAAAGGGAACAGGACGACUGCACCGUAUUGAGGGGAGGAUGGAUGGGGCCAUGUAUCGCGGGAUCUUGGCCAACAACCUCCUUCCCUCAGUAAGAGCAUUGAAGAUGGGUCAUGGCUGGGUCUUCCAGCAUGACAACGACCCGAAACACACAGCCAGGGCAACUAAGGAGUGGCUCUGUAAGAAGCAUUUCAAGGUCCUGGAGUGGCCUAGCCAGUCUCCAGACUUGAACCGAAUAGAAAAUCUUUGGAGGGAGCUGAAAGUCCGUAUUGCCCAGCGACAGCCCCGAAACUGAAGGAUCUGGAGAAGGUCUGUAUGGAGGAGUGGGGCAAAAUCCCUGCUGCAGUGUGUGCAAACCUGGUCAAGACCUACAGAAAACGUAUGAUCUCUGUAAUUGCAAACAAAGGUUUCUGUACCAAAUAUUAAGUUCUGCUUUUCUGAUGUAUCAAAUACUUAUGUCAUGCAAUAAAAUGCAAAUUAAUUACUUAAAAAUCAUACAAUGUGAUUUUCUGUAUUUUUGUUUUAGAUUCCGUCUCUCACAGUUGAAGUGUACCUAUGAUAAAAAUUACAGACCUCUACAUGCUUUGUAAGUAGGAAAACCUGCAAAAUCGGCAGUGUAUCAAAUACUUGUUCUCCCCACUGUAUAUAUAUAUAUAUAUAUGUGAGAGAAAAAAAUCUUAUGGGGGAUUGGAAGUGAUGCAGACAAUUACAUUGAUGGAAGUUACAAUCUAUCUGCAAUAUUAAAGCUGAUCUUCCCCUAAAUUUUUUUUUUACAAAAAAACAAUGGAGCUGGCUAAUGCAUAAAACUGACUACAGCAUACACAUAGAAACUGGCACUCAGGAGUGCUGGAUUCCUUUUAUUUUUCCAUGACCAAAGAUUGUGUUGUUUUACUUAUUACUGCGUCCAUUUGUCCCAUAUCUCUUAAUUCAAAUGUUUUGUGUGUGUCUGUUGUCCUUUGCUUUAGAUGUUUUGUGUACUGUAUUUGUGAUAUUGAAUUUUUGCAUGUAUGAAUGUGUUUGCUUUGGUUCAUUUUCUUUUUAGUUUUUCCUUUAUCCAGCCUUUCAUCACACUUCAGUUCCCUGAGCUAAAUGAACUGAUAUUCAAAUGUGCAUGACGCUUGGUUUUACAUGUAUGAUUUUUAUCCAUCGGUUAGAUGUAUGUUCAGGUAGGCCUAUGUAUUACGUUGUAAUAAUAUGUGUGAGUUUGUCUUAAAACUAGUUUGUUGACUAUGCUCCGGAGGGCGAGUAAUGUGAGACAGAAAGUUUGAAGUGUUUUCUGUUAUAUUUUUACCCUAUGUUAUUGUUCUUAUUUUUGUCUCCCCUUUUAAUACAUCACUUGUCCUUUCUUCUCUCUGUCCCUUUCUCUUUUCUCUCACUCUUUCUCAUCUCCCGUCUUUCCUCUCCCUCUUCAGGCUCAGCCUAUCCCAGACGAGCUGCUGACUCAACAGCUUGGUAACCAAGCGACCUUCAGCCCAGUGGUCACCGUCGAGCCACGACGACGCAAGUUCCACCGGCCAAUCGGAUUACGCAUCCCUCUGCCCCCCUCUUGGAGGGAGAGUCCACGUGACGCUGGGGAGGGGGACACCACCAGCCUGCGCCUCCUCUGCAGUGUCAUUGGUAUGGUCCAGCAUGGAGUUUACUUUAUGCCCUUAACAUCUGGUUCAUGGCCAAUAGCAUUGAUUGUCAACAGAAGUGAGUUUUAGGACAGGGGUGAUGGGGACAGAACUUGUGCUGACCAACAGAAAGCUCCACACAGUCAUGGGUAAACUGGUAGUACAGGAGGGGGCUAAUCACACACCCCUGGGGGGACCCCGUGUGGAGGUGUUGUUCCAUACCCUCACCGGCCUAGACCGGAGCACAGGGGGGGGGGGGGGGGGGGGGGGGGGGGGGGGCUCAAGCAGAGAAAUUAUUACUAGUAUUAUUCUUUUUUUAAUUAUGCCCAGCUCACGAGGCCCCUUGAUGAUGUGAGGCCUGAGGCAACUGCCUCUUCUGCCUAAUGGUAAAUCAGCCACUGUGUGUAAUUUAGCCUAUUAAACACAACAAUUAUGUUUCAAGUGAGAAUUAGGCAGGUCUGAUACCGAAAAAGAAAGGAAAUGAUUGCCUACUUCACCCAUAUUUUAUUUUAGCAAAAAAGUAGUGUGUAGUUCCAGUAGUAAGUUACAUGGUAAAAAAAGUUAUUAACUACUGAAAACACUACCUAGACUUGAAUUUAGUUCAACUACCACUAAACUACUGCAAAAUGUAGUUACAUUACUAGUUGAACUACAUGGAGUUCACUACUCCCCAACACUGAUUCUCACAUAGGUAUUCUUCUUGCCCAAGUGGAAUACCAUGGUGUGUAGUGCAAUGGCGAUUCAUCAUCUGUGGAUCUGUUGGGGCAGUAUGCAAAUUGUAGAGGGUCUAGGGUGUCGGGUAAGGUGGAGGUGAUAUGGUCCUUAACUAGCCUCUCAAAGCACUUCAUGAUGACCGAAGUGAGUGCUACGGGGCGAUAGCAUCACGAGCCCAGACAAUCUUUUAUGAAAGAGAGUUGGGGAAAGUAACAGGCCUCUGAGGGGAAAGAGAGAGAUUGAGAAAGUGGAGGUGUAUAAAAAGAGAGAUGAAACAGUCCUUUGUCUCCCAGGUGGAACAGCACCUGCCCAGUGGGAGGACAUCACUGGCACCACCAAGCUGAUGUACACCAACAACUGCGCCAACUUCACAACCAACGUCUCUGCAAGGUGAGUCCUAAUUCACACCCUCCUUUAGAUGUUAUACAAAAUGUAUGAAGAAGAACACCAGUAUACACCUGUGCAUAAUAGCCAUUUACAACAUCAUCCUGUGCCAAACCAUAUUGAGUUCAAUCUGCUUACACUAUGCUACAGCCUUUAAUCCAUUAACUGUACACUUCAACACAUAAAACAGAUGCACACACACAAAACAGCCACCAUCUCUAUUGACUAUCCCUCACCCUUCUCUGUGCGUCAUCUCUCCUCCUCUCCUCUCGUCCUCUCCCCAGGUUCUGGCUGGCAGACUGCCCGCGCACAGCCGAGGUGGUGACCUUCGCUAACCUGCUGUACCGGGAGUUGAUGGCCGUGCCCUACAUGGCCAAGUUUGUAAUAUUCGCCAAAAUGAACGAGGCACGCGAGGGCCGCCUUCGCUGCUACUGCAUGACCGACGACAAGAUGGACAAAACCCUGGAGCUGCACGAGAACUUCAGCGAGGUGGCCCGGAGCAGGGAUAUAGAGGUCAGCAGGGGGGUCAGGGGUCAGGGGUGAGGGGUUUAGUGUGUAUGUCAGUAGGUUCUACUGUCUUUAAAUAUGUUCACAUAACUCAGACAUUUGUGUGAAUAAUCCAUGGAAGUCAAUGGAGGAUUUUUUUCUCCUGACUCUCCAUCGCCUCCCUCAGGUGAUGGAGGGCAUGCCGCUGCACCUGGAGUGCUCUGGGAACCUGGUGCCUGUGAGGAAGGCCACUCAGCAAACACGCAGCUUCAGCUUCCAAGCCUUCAGAGAUAACAGACUGCCCGUCUCUGUCAAGGUCUGUCUCCCACUCAUUGUCUAUCUCUAUUUUUGCACAGGAAUUGGGAUUCAGUCGAUUGAAUUGAAAUGUCUGUCUGUCAGUCAGUCUGUUUUGUUCCUUCCAGGACAUGUCAAACUGUCUGUUGGUGAAUUUUAAAUGUUAUUCAGGCAGGUUUUGCGUUUGAAUUGACAGUCGGUCAGUCGACAGUCGGUUGGUCUUUCGAUCCAGUCUACAUGUCUAUGUGUCUGACUGACUAUCAGUGUUUCUGAUAUAUGUCAGUGUGUCUGUCAUUGUCUUUCAGACAUGUCUGUGUGUCCAUCUGUCUGUACAUCUAUCGCUUUACCUUUUAUAUAUGUUAAUUACAAUUGUUGUGUAUCUUCUCCCAUCUCUAUCACUCCAUCUCCAUCUGUUUCAAAUCUUGCCAUUUUUUAAUAUAUUUUCAGUCUAUCUCUCUAUCCUUGUUUACCUGUGUGUGCAUACCUGAGUUCCAACCAACACUUCUCUUUCACAGACCACCUGUCUAUCUGUCUGUGCGUGUCUGUCUAUACAUCUUGUCUGUCUACCCAUAUGUCUGUCUGUUUGUCUACCCAUAUCUGUUUGUGUUUUCUGUCUGUCUGUGUGGCUUUGAGUGUGUGUGACGUGCGCUUCUGUCUUAGUCAGUCUCAGACGAGUGCCUUGUGAAGUAUUCUCCAUUGUGGUGUACCUGCCGACUCUCUACAUAGCUGUAACUGUGUGCACCUCCUUUAACGCUUUCACCUUCUUGCCUGCCUGCCAAUCUUGUGGCCUGCCUGUCUGUAUGUCUGUCUCACUGUCUCUCUUUCUCUCUCUCACGGUCACUCUGUUACUGUCUGAUCUGACAGAUGCCCAGGUAAAUGUGCAGGUAAAUCUCUCUCUCUCUCUCGCCUGCCUAUGGACUGCUUCCAUCUCUUCCCUCUGUGUUUCUGCUGGACAGACCACCACACUGCAGGUUGUCUAAUUCUCCCUUUGCUCUGUUCUUCUUCCCUCGCUCUCUUUUUCAUUAAAUUUCACCCUAUCCUUUUGCCCAUCCUUCUCUUUAUCCUUCAUAUCUGUUCUGCUUACCUCUUCUUACCUCUGUCAUUCUCUCGUCUCUCUUCUUCGAGUCCACCUCUUCUGGUCUUCCUGUUCCUCUUUUUCGGCUGUCUUUCUCUCUUUCUCUUGAAUCUCCUCUCUCGCGCUCUCUUUCUCUCUCUCUGUGUCUAUCAGGUCAGAGACAGCAAUAAGGAAGCCUCUGGGUUCCUUUCUUUCCUGCGGAAGUCUACCAAGUAUGAGGAUGCACAGCACGUGCUUUGUAACCUCAACAUCACCAUGCCACCCUGUGUCAAG